AUGCCACAAAACAACGAAUCUGCAAAGAUUAAAAUGGCUUUUAGUGCAGAUAAGACUGGUGAUUCUUCAAACAACAAGUCUUCAAGCUAUGAUCCAGGAUAUCAUUCUUCAUCUACAUCAUCGAAGUCUGGUUCAAGUCAAGACUGGAAAAAUUCUCCACAUUUGAACAAUGAGUUUGCUCAACAUCACAUGAGUUUCUUAGCUUCUAUUCUGGUAUCUUAUGAAGGUUUAAUUGCAGUUGAUGAUAACAGAUGUAUAAUUCGUGAUGAUGAAGGAUAUGAUUGGAGUGCAUAUGACAAUGAAGAUGGAGAAGUCAAGGCAAUGGUUGCUAAGAUUAUGAAGAGUCGAGAAGAAAUCGAAUCUCAAAGUUAUUUGGACAUGGAUCCAGAUGAGGUUAAUUUUGAAGCCUUAGUAGCUAUAAUUCCAACUGUGGAUGUUUGGUGUCGAGGACUUAGAGAAAUUCGAAAUUACAGAGAAAAAGUUAAAGAAGAAAUUUACAAAGUUAUGAAUGCAAGCCUGGAGAAAAAGAAGAAGAAGACAGUUGAGGAGAUUGUGGUUGAGAGUGAGAACUUAGUAAAAGAAGUCAUGAAAGAGAAAGCUGGUGAAGAGAAAUCAGAAGAAGUUGUUGAAGAAAAACAAGAAAAGGUAGAGGAAGACCAGAAGGCAGAAAAGACCACAGUGUCUAGUGCUGAGGUAAACAUUCAAUCUGAAUCAUCUAAAAUGUUAGAUAAAUCGGUACUUAAAACUGAUGAACAGUACAAGAAGUGCAUGGAAAUGUGCAAAGCUUGUACUGAAAAAGAUAACAGUCUAAGAUUCAGAAAUAUAGAAUUUAUUAAAAUUGAAAAGAUUUUCAAAGAUAAAUGUAAUGAUAUGAUUGAAAACGAGAAGUUUUUGAAACAAGAGAAUGAAAAGCUGAAACAAAAAUGUGAUGAUUUUGAAAAAGAAAACAACAUUUUGAAAGAACAAUAUUCAGAAGUUUGCAAUGAAUGUGUUCCAAAAGAUAAAACUAUUCAAGAUUUGCAAAAAGAAUAUGAUGUAAUGAAAUUGUCAUAUCACACGGUAAAAGAAGCAUAUGAAGUUUUGAAAAGUAAAGUUACAAGUUUGGAUAAUAGAUUGUCAGCUUGUCAAGAAACAAAUAGUUUUCUUGAAGCCAGAUAUAAAGGAAAGCAAUUAGUUGUAAAUAACUACAUUGAUGAAGUUACUAAACUUAAACAAGAACUGGCUGAGAAAGAAAAGUUGGUUAAUAAACUUCAAAGUUAUCAUGCGUCUUCAUAUAUUCUUGAACGGAUUUUCAACAUCACACCCGAUGGGAAAGAUUCUGAAAAGAACAAAAAGGGAAUUGGGUCAGAAUACCAUCAGGUUCCACCAUCGUUGGAGGAUAAUUACACAUUCUAUGAUGGCGAAAAGGUGGAAAAGCAAUAA